AAUGACUCGGCAUCAUUUCGGCAGAGCGUCAAAUUGUCAGAGUGAAGAAAAUUGUUUAACAAUUAAAAUUCAGCUUUAAGUCACACACAAACAUUCGAAAAAUGUCUGCGCCCGACAAAGAGAAGGAUAAAGAUAAGGAGGAGUCGAAUCAGAAAAGCGAAGACCUUGGUCUGCUCGAGGAGGAUGACGAGUUCGAAGAGUUUCCCGCGGAAGAUUUUCGCGUUGCAGACGAUGUGGAGGAGCCCAACGUGUGGGAGGACAACUGGGACGACGACAACGUCGAGGACGACUUCAGCCAGCAGCUGAAGGCUCAUUUGGAGAGCAAAAAAAUGGAUACAUGAUUCGGCCCGCGUUCGUACCUAACCACACAAUGAGCGUUAACAGUUUAAACUUUAGAAAUAAACAAUGGAUAUAUUAAGUCUA